AUGGCGGACCGAUACUCUUUCUCUUUGACGACAUUCUCGCCCAGCGGCAAGCUGGUGCAGAUUGAAUAUGCGUUGAACGCAGUCAACCAGGGUGUUACCGCCCUCGGUAUCAAAGCUACAAACGGAAUUGUCCUCGCUACUGAGAAGAAGUCCUCAUCGCCUCUGAUCGAUCCCCCAUCGCUGUCCAAGAUUUCCCUGGUCACUCCCGACAUUGGUAUGGUCUACGCCGGUAUGGGGCCUGAUUACCGGGUUCUAGUCGACAAGGCCCGCAAGGUCUCCCACACAGGCUACAAGCGUAUCUACAACGAAUACCCUCCCACUCGGAUAUUGGUGCAAGAUGUUGCUCGUGUGGUGCAGGAAGCUACACAAUCUGGUGGUGUCCGCCCUUACGGUGUCAGUCUGUUGGUUGCGGGCUGGGACGAGGGUGUUGAGCCCGAGGGAGAGGCACAGAAGGACGACCCCGAGGAGAAGACAACCACCAAGACCGGUGGUAUUCACAAGGGUGGUCCCAGUCUGUACCAGGUCGACCCCAGUGGCAGCUACUACCCGUGGAAGGCCACAGCCAUCGGUAAACACGCAACGAGUGCCAAGACUUUCCUCGAGAAGCGAUACACCGAAGGACUGGAGCUUGAGGAUGCCAUUCACAUUGCGCUGUUGACACUCAAGGAGACGAUUGAGGGUGAGAUGAACGGUGACACGAUAGAAAUUGGCAUUGUCGGCCCGCCAGCGGACCACCUGCUUGGCUUUGAAGGAGUGGAGGGCGCCCAGGGACCGCGGUUCCGCAAGUUGACCAAGGAGCAGAUUGAGGACUAUCUGACCAACCUAUGA